AGAGAUGAACAAGGAAGUGGAAAACGACGUCGUAUUUGGAGAUGAAAAAUGACAAAAAUCGCCGUUGCCGGGGAUCGAACCCGGGUCACCCGCGUGACAGGCGGGAAUACUUACCACUAUACUACAACGACUUGAUGUUGAGUUGUGUGGUAUAGUGGUAAAUGUUGGUUCUUUUAUUUCGCUUGACGUUUCAUGACACCACCGAACAGUUAAUUUCAUCUCCUGAAUCGUCAAUGAAAUUUUGGCAACAAAUUGAGAACCUGUUUUGAUCCUUCACAUCUUUAACUCUAAUCUCACAGACUGAAGCAAAAUUUUUGGAUUUAGAAAAAAUGCUUGGCGAUGGAGGUGAAACCCCUUCAAGAUAUGAAUUGUUGAGCAUGGUGAAGAAGCACUCAAAUUUAAUUGGGAGAACCGUUGUUGAAGAUCAAGAAGAUGCUCCUGAUGUUGAAAUGGAUAUGAAGUUUUGGAAUGAUGUUUUUGAUCUCUAUUUUGUUCGUGGUAAAGAGUCUAGGGGACGCCAAGAUGAUGAUCUCGUUUUCUUUGUUAGAAAAUUGGUUUCUCGAGGUUCUGCUUCCAAUAACGACGCAGAAACUGUUGAUCCUUAUUUUGUACGCAGGUGGGCACCUAAGUUGAGCAGCCUAAUUGAUGAAACUUCAAUUGAUGUGGACUGGAGGCGUUCCUUUUACUUGAAUUUAAUUGCUCAUACAUCAUUCAGCGUAACCGUCGCAAUUUGCAGUCAACAGGUUCUUCAAAACCAUCAAGCUGGGAAGGACACGUCUUUAUCCCCUAUAUAUAAGGUUGUGAAGACUGUUUAUGCAUCUCCAAGUCGUGUAAAUUUUCAAUUGGACUCUAAAAAGGAAGUGGAAACAACACCUGCUUAUCCGGAUAUUUGUUUUGCAAUUGAUGAUUUUGACUCCACUUUUGAUGCUGUGGUUUUGACUGAAAAAGAUCAUUGCUAUUGUGUAGUUCUUAAUGCACAUGAUGGUGCAGCAUUUCCCAGUGAAAAGGUGUCAAACGAUUGCAGUACUAGUGAUAACUCCUCGCCGGAAGUUUGUACCAAUACUACUACGAAAAAAGAUACUAAGCUAACCCUUUUCUCAGGAUUUGUCAGCUAUCAGAUGGUUAGAGAUGCAUAUGAUGCUGGAAAAUCCCGAUUUGGGAGCCUUUUAGGCCAUCAUCAUGGCAAAACAGAUAGGAUUUAUAUGAAAGGUCCUGGAGGCCGAGGGGAAGUUGAAGUAGCUGUUUCUGGUGUUGCAGAUCAAAGUCAGCUGGAUUCAGAGCCACAUUCUCCAGUUAUAUCAAAGAAAGGGAUAGGGUUGGGUGUAAUUGUCCGCAAAGCUGCAAUGGUUGCAUCAGUAGCAGCAAAACAUGCUUAUGCCGCCGCGUCUUCCUCUAGCUCAAACUUUGACGAAAUGAUACCGUUGAAAUGCAGCUUAAUGUCCAUAUCGCUGCCUUGGGAAUAUAUAGCGUAUGAUCUUCUGUUUAAGGGAGCUCCUCCAGUGAACAUGUGAUCAUCUCAUAUUUCAGUGCGCAAAGAAAAUUGAAUUGGUGAUGAUAUCUAUGUUAUGGAAUUCAUUUUAUUCUGAAAGUUUGUUUUGGUCAAGCUGCGCGCAUGGAUAGGACUGUGUGCAUAUUUGGUGGUGGGGUGAAAGUCCCGGUAGAAAUCGUUGGAUCUGCUCAACUGCUUAUAACUUUUCACUGAUAUGCAAGUUGUAUAAGCUUGAUUAUUGUUAAUUUCCAUGCUGCCAAUUACCAAGUUCUCUAAAAGUUAAACUAAGUUUUUUUAUUCAAAAAAGUUGUGUAUCCCUUUUUAAAACCUGAUGUUAUCACAACCUCAAGGUUAUGGAUGUAAAAGUAGGCAUAUAGGAAGAAGUGGAUUCAACACAUUUAUGCAUUACAAAUCUGAGUCGUCAAAUCUCACCUGACGACUCAUUUAGAUUGGUGAAGUUAGAAUGCGGGCCGUUUGAUCUCAAGUCAAUGGCUAAAAUUGAUCAACUACGUGCUUCUAUAAUGCCAGGAAUUCAGAAUCAAGUGUAUGUCUAGAACUUCAUAAAUUCAAUAUUUUUCGCACCCUAAUGGAAUUUUGCCAUUUCUAUGGACCUAGGCUAAAAGGAACUGACUAAAGAAAACAACCAUGGAUAUAUAGUAGUGCAAAAAUCAACAUAGCCUAUGUUUGUUUCCUCAGUGGAAACUUUGUAAAUGUGCGUUUAUACGAAGCUUGUAGCUUUUA